AUGCCAAAGGUUCGCACCAAAAAACGAAAGCUGCCCAUCGUCCCAGAGGCAGCGUCUAAAUCUGACCCUUCAACUGCAGCGCAGUCAUGCAGGAACACGAUUCGAAAAUACCAUGUCCUUAUGAAACGCCGUAAACAACUUGAACAGGCACCUCUGGAGCACAAGCACGAGUUGGCUGAAAUAGACAGACAAGUUUCAGAAUUGGGAGGCCUUGAACGGUAUCAACAGCUUUCUUCACUGGGUCAACAGGAGCAAAGAGGAGGUGGAAGUGAAAAAAUAUUUGUCAAUUGGUUAAAGGAAUUGAAUUUACAUCGCCGAUCUGGGACCACUGGAAAGCUAAGAUUGCUGGAAGUUGGUGCUCUCAAACCUGAUAACUAUCAGCCUCAUUCUUCGUGGAUUGAGUGGACACCAAUUGAUUUACGCUCUCGGCAUCCGAGUAUAGCUGAGCAAGAUUUCCUUCUCUUGGAUCUGAAGGAAAACCAGAGCAAAUGGGAUGCUAUAAGCCUCAGUCUUGUCUUGAACUUUGUACCAGUAGCGGCUGAUAGAGGUCUAAUGCUUCAGUUGGCGUACAACUUUUUGCUACCUGAUGGUCUCCUUUUCCUGGCUCUCCCUCUACCAUGCGUAGCCAACUCGCGCUAUCUUACCUUUGAUCAUCUAAAGGCUCUCAUGGAGUCAAUAGGCUUUACUGAAGUGCGGGAACGAUGGCGUAAGAAUGGAAAAAUGGGAUAUUGGCUCUACCAGAAGAAGCAUCCUACACCCCUGCCUUCACAGGCUUCUCAAGCGUUCGCGAAGAAGACUGUCCUCCGUACAGGCAACCGAAACAAUUUCGUCAUUAUACUGGACCCAUCUACACGUACGUCCCGAUCCAGCAUCAAUCCACCAUAA